CCUCUCUCCGUGUUUUCAGACAGACUGUUUUGCUGCAGUGAACGGUAGCCGUGGAGAGAGGAAAAGGCAAGAAAAACAAGAAGACAGCGGAGGGCGGAACGGGAACCAAGACAGACUGAUCCUUUGGGACCUUAGUGUGAGCGCCAGCAGGCAUAGACUGGUCCGACACUCCAGAACCGACGAAGCCGACGGGCAUCACGAGGAGCGCUUAUAACGUAAGCGCCUCGCCGAGCUUCUCCACUUCUCCUUGCCUCGAGAGGACUGUUGGCUUUAACGCACUGGACGGAUGAGCGGGAUGCGCGCGCGUCAGAGUAUGACAUUCUCUGCAUUCCAGCGGACCGCUCUCAGGGCGCUCGCGGCCUUGAUGAUGCUUCUGGCGACCUCCGUUCGGAGCAACUUAGUUAACGAUGAGGACCCCUUCCUGCCAGUGACCCAAGAUGAGACGGUGGCAGUGGGUGGGGUGGUGACCCUGACCUGCAGUGUGAAGGAAAAUGAUAACUCCUCUCUCCAGUGGUCCAACACGGCUCAGCAGACCCUUUACUUCGGAGAAAAGAGAGCACUGAGAGAUAACCGUAUCCAGUUGGUAAAGUCCACGGCCACAGAGCUGAUAAUCUCCAUCGCGGACGUUCAGCUGUCAGAUGAUGGAGAGUACACCUGUUCAAUUUUCACCAUGCCUGUUCGGACUGCACGAGCCACAGUUACUGUACUGGGUGUUCCAGGUAAGCCGGUGAUAACAGGUUUUGAUGAUGCUGUUGUGGAGGGCGGCAAGGUUACUCUCACCUGCACAAGUUCAGGCAGCAAACCUCCUGCUAAACUACAUUGGUACCGCGAUCAAGAGGAGAUACAAGGGCGUCCUGAUGUUGUGGAGUCCAACCCUGAUGAACUGACCUACACAGUAACCAGCGAGCUCACCCUCACUGUCAACAGAAGUGAUAACAACGCUCUGAUCGCCUGUGCGGUGGAUCACGCGUCCAUUGCCAAUGGAGACAAGAGGACAGAGCAGCCCCUCAGCGUCUUGUUUUCUCCAAGCGUGUCGAUUUAUCCAGAGAGUGACCUGCCCAGAGAAGGAGAGAAGUUUUUCCUGCAGUGUGUGGGGAACGGAAAUCCAGAGCCGACUGCAUUUGUGUGGCGGAGAAAAGACGCAGAGCUCCCCCCGCUGGCAAAGGUGGAUGGUGCGUUCCUGCGCUUCGAAUCCCUCAACAAGUCAGAUAAUGGUGUUUAUGAGUGCCAGGCUGAUAACGGGAUCGGCAUGGGGGACAUAACGCACACCCUUCUGGUACAAGACCAGGAAGAUUCCGACCUCUUUAUUCUCACCUCUACUCUCCCUUCAUCCUCUGCUUUUCCCACUGAUUCUCCCGAACCUUCAGUUUCAACAACUACUGAAGACAAAACUCUUCCUCCAUUCUCAUCUUCAUCGUCUUUUACCUUCUCCUCGACUCUCCCUCCUUUCACUUCUGCUCCUUCAACUCUCCCUUCUUCUCCUGAAGUUCCCACAACCUCUCUUUCCAAUGCUCUCUUUCCUGAUCUCACUCUUCUGCCCUCAUCCGUUCCUACUCGCACCCCUCCCUCACCCCCCUCCUCCUCCCCUGCCACUCCAUCAUCUGUUUCUCGGCUGAAUGGAGUGCACACCUUUACAGAAGCCGGAGUGAAGCCAGCAGACCCCACAGCGAUGUCCACCUCUUCAGGAGUAGACCAUGCUGUGAUUGGUGGAGUAGUUGCUGUCAUUGUCUUCAUUAUGCUUUGUCUCCUCAUUGUCCUCGGCAGAUACCUCAUCAGACACAAAGGUACGUACCUGACUCAUGAAGCCAAAGGAUCCGACGAUGCUCCUGAUGCAGACACGGCCAUCAUUAACGCUGAGGGGGGCCACUCUGGGGUGGAUGACAAGAAAGAGUACUUCAUUUAGAGAUCCAUCCCUCCGCUCCCUCUUCCUUCACACGCUUCAGUUCACUCAGCCUGACGGGGAAAAAACGGGGAUGGCAGAGAGAGAGGAAAUAUGUGAGGGAAAAAAAACAAAACAAGUGUUGACCUGUUCGAACUGAAGGACCUCAAAUAUGCUUCGACACACAGGACAGGGAAGAGAGAGUUUCGCACUGGCGCAUGGGCUCAUUUUCACACACACACACACACACACACAUAUACACAUGCACACAUACAAUUUCUCCAUUACCAUUACCAUAAUGACAUGUGAGCAAACACCAUUGAUGAGACAUAAAUAAUAAAAAGAGGCAAUAUGACAGUGACCACGCUUUCUUCACCUCCCAUUUUUCAUUUCAAAUGGUCCAGAUGUACUCUGGCACAUGUUGCACAGUGAUAUGUGCAUGCAUGAACUUUCAAGACACAUGGUCUCCUCCCAAAACCAUCGAAAGACACAGACUCUUAACAGGCACGCAUGCAAACACACACUGAACAUAAAGUGUCUUAAAAUUGAAUUUAAACCAUGCAACCCUGCAAUAUCACUGACAGAUACACACACAUACACACACACACACACACACACACACACACUCAUAUACUGUACAUCACCUCAGUAUUACACUAUCAAACACACACACACACACACACACACACACACACAGAAUAACCAGGAAAAAAACAGCAGCCCCUGCAACCAUUAUGUGGGACCCCCGAUAUAAAUUUAUAAAUACAUAUAUAUAUGAUUAUAUAGCAUCAUUUUUACUCAGUGUGCUGUAAAUAUAUCCUCCGUCUCUCUCUAUCUCUCUCUAACCUCACUGUCUGAUAGUGCAGUAUAUACUCUCUGAGCCUGCCUGGUUUUCUUACAUGCGUGGAAAUGCCGAGUUGAUGAAAAAAAAAAUAUCUGGACUAUGGAAAAAAAAAACAUGGUGUUAUGAAAACUUCAGUAAUAUUUGUAUGAAUUACGUUCUCUUUGAGUUUGAUUUCUGGUGUUUACUGUUGGUGCAACAGUCUAGUGUCAUUACAUCAACCUGGGAAGAUUAUUAUUAUUACUAUUAUUAUUAUUAUUAUUAUGAGGUCCUUAAUCUAAAUGCAUUACAUUGUGCACUGAUGUGUCAUUGUAUCAGGCCCAGUGAUUCGCUCACUCACGCCACCUUCAGGAAUGAAUCUUCUCUGUUCUUCGGUGGCGGGACUCUCAGAAAAAGCAGGGUAACACAAACUACUGCUCUCUUUCUCUCUCUCUCUCUCUCUCUCUUGCUGAUCAUAUUCUCACUUUCUUCCACACCUCUUUUAACUCUGUUCUUAAAGCUAGAUUAUUUCUAGACUUACACCAUCAUUGUAACCACAGACCACAGUGACAUUCGAAAGGGAGUUGCAUCAUGCAAUAAAUAGAGGCGAUUCUAUUUAAUAAAAAAUAACAGUUGAUUAGAUCUGGAUUUUUAAAGGUGAUGGGCUUAAUUUUUAGUAUGCCAAAAACCCUUGUCCUAUCCAAUCUUAAUGUGAACAGACUGUAAAUGAGCCAUUCGUAGGAUGAUUCCCUGUGGCACUAUCAAAACACUGCUCUGUUUUUUGAGCAUCCCAACUUCCUAACAUUUAACUUUGGCUCAACCAAUGGCAUGCAGUCUGAUUCAGUUUGGUGGCUCAGAAAUUACACACUUUUUAAAUAUGUUGUGCUUAAAUGUAUUAUUCAGGAAUCCUGCUUCACUAUGUAUCCAGCUGAUUCGUUCCUAAUCCAUGCAGAUCUGGUAACCGAUAUGAUUACAGAAAGUGGCCAGUUGUCCUUUCUACUGUAUAUCACCUAUUCCUUAUCAGUAGCUAUUUACCUAGAGAAGGCUGGAAUUGUGAUUUAAGUGUUGUUAUAGUGCUCAUGCAAGCAAUGCAUGUUUGAAUCUGGCUUGUGACAUUUUUCAGUUGUAUUACACCUACUGUGCACCGGCUUCCAAACAGUCAUUGUCUUUAAAUGGGCAAAAAUGUAACAUUUGAAGAUUUCUUCAUGGAAAAAGAGGCAGGUUUGGUUAUUUAUAGGAAAACUGAGAAGAAGAAAACUAAACAUCAUUCUGUUUUAAAUUUUCAGUUGAAUUCAUUUCACCUUUAUUUGUCCACCGCUUUGCACAGUAGAACUAGUUUCAAAGCAGCUUUGCAAGAAAAGCACGUUUCAAUGUUACAAUGUCAUUUGGCCCAUAAAAGGGACUCUUAAAUCACAUCUGCCACGUAUAUGGAAGUUUAGGAGUGUUUUUGUUCACGUGGGAUGACAAGGUCAUUCGUUUAAUGCGUAUGUAGGUCACAACUAAGUGGCAACUGACCGAUUACAACCAAAAGCCGUCCUCUACCUUCAGACUCCCUCCACAUACCUUCAUUAAUACCAGCAGACAAUGAGUUUGUGAGAAAAGCAGUUACAUAGACUGCCACAAGAUGGCGAUAAUGCAUUUCAAUUUCCCACCCAUCUCUCUCUCUCUCUCUCUCUCUCUCUCUCUCUCUCUCACUCUUUCUCUGUCCUGUACAAGCAGUAGAACUUCCAGUUAGCUAUCAAUCUACUCAGUGCUUACUUUUUAAAUAUGUUGUUUACUUUUAUUCUGCUGUAGAUGUGCAUACUGUUGUUUGUAAUUUUACGUUCCUUUAAUGUCUUAAAUUGGAAGGUGUGUAGAUUAUAGUUUCCAUGACUUUUGUUUUGUUUGAUAACCUGUCAUUUUUUAUGAUUUGAUGUGAUUAGUGUUGCCUUGAACAGUCUGCACACUCAAGUGGGCACAGACACUGGCACAUGUUUAUUGCGCGUCUGUGUUUCCAUGUGGGGAAGAUUUUCACACUGGCCCACCAAAACAGAUGAAGGAAACACUAAAAGUAUUAUUACAUUCUGUUAAUGGAGUUAUGUUAGAUUCUUUUUUUUAAUGAUAAGUCUUCCUUUAAAAUAAAUAUUCAUAUCAUGUGGAGCUAUUCUGUCAUGUAUGUUGAUUUGUAUUAUGGCCGAUGAUGUCAUCUGAACAGGACUGAACUCUGAGAUCAUCAUCAUUGUGGGUUCUGUUUGUUUGAUGGUCUGUUUAGACAGUAUUUGCUUUUUGUUACAAAAAGAGAUCCCUUGUUAACUUCAAAAUAAAUAUACAUUUGGGGUAACCUAA